CUGGCCCUGAGCAGACAAUGUUUCCCUCAAGGAAAUAUCAAGACAUUUUGGAGUUCAGAAGCAGGUGGUACCACGUCCUCCCGUCUCUGCUGUGCACUGCCUUACUUGUCCUGCGCUUCCUCCUCGUCUUCUUCAAACCAUCGCUCCUCGGGCGCAGCACACAGCCCCAGGACGAGGGUGUGCCCAUGGCUCUUGCACACAAUAUUGCCUAUAUGAAACGCCUGCUGCAAACCAGAACUCCAGAACCUCUUGGGCAGAAGAACUGGUUUCAGCGACGUCUCUACACCUGGGACGCUUGUUUCCGCUUCCCAGCCAGAAUGCUCAUUAUGGUGGCGAUGGCCCUGAUCGGGGUCUACAGGAUUGCAUUUAUAAUAAGCAUUCUCUCUGCGAUAGCUCCUCUUCCUGUUCCUUUUCCUGAUCCAGAGGUCCUUCAAUGGGUAGAUGGGAUAUUCCUCACUUUCGCUAUCUUGGCAACCAUCAAUCACAUCUGUCAAAUUAUGGUGCAGUACAGAGUCCAGAUGAGGAGAAUGUACAAAGGAGACUGGAAAGACCUGACUCGAAAACUCCCAGCCACAGAUGUUUCUGUGACAAGGAGCAUGACCUACAUUGGUUUGCAAGUGACCUUCCUCUGUUUGGGCAUGGUGACCAUGUACACAUUUUUCUGUGUUAUUGGUAGCUUAACCUUUGGUAUUGGUUUUGCCGUCGCUCAUGUCGGUUUUCCCAUUACAAUGCAGCAAGCCUUGGAAGUGAUUUGCAUUCACUCAGUGGUGCUUCUCCUGAGCCUCAUCAUGGUCUUCCUCUUGAGGAGGCUUGCAGUGCGUCAUUUCUUCCUCCAGGACAAACCGGCCGCUGAGAGACCCCUCGCCUUAAAUAACAUCCGGGCCCUGGAGAACGCUUCUUACUUCACCAUGUUCUUCUUCAUGAUUAAGGCUGUGUAUGAGUUUAUCGCCCAGUUGCUGAUCAAAAUCAUCCUGGGCUGUCUGAACUUGGCUCGGAUUGACUGGUCCACCAACCCAUCCAAACCGAUGGGCUCGCUGGACACUGGGUAUUUGACCUGGGUAUCGAUGCUGUUGGUGGAUUCCGCUCACACCAACCCAACCGCUCUGACCUUCUGUCACCUCCUGCUGCAGUCCAGCCGGGCUGACCCUGACGUCAGCACCACACUGCACACAACUGCCAGAGCAGUGGCUGGAGCCAGACGCAGGUGGUGGCUGGCCUACACCCUGCUCAGAAACCCAGGCCUGGUGGUCCUCCGCAGGCCAGAGAUCGACCUGCCCGUCAAACCCACUGCCUCGCCUGCCACCAUGAUGCAGCUGGAGCCCUGAGUAACCUCCUGCACCCUACUCCUGCAUGCCUUGGAAACGUUUAGAUCUUCUAGCCCCUUCCAGACCAUUUUGGUGUUUCUGCUUUGGGUGGCAUAUUCCCUUAUCCCUGCAUCAUGUUAGCCCAACCUCAUGCUUUCAUGAUAGUGAUGAGUGCCUGGACUUUUUGUGUAGGAACAGGCAGCUCACAAUAUUCUUGUUCAGCGCCCCCCCCACUCCUGUCAGCAGCUUCGUGUGUGAGCACCCCAUUUCAGCUGUUUUACAAUUUCAAGGAGCUAGGCCUGGCUUGUGUAUGUGUCUGUGUGUCUUUGUGUGUGUUUGUCCAGGGGGCUUGCAGUGUCUACCAGGAUUUUGUAGUUUCCAAUCAGCAGCCAUUUUAGGACUGGUAAAUGAGUAAAUGAGUGCAUGAGGCAAUGGCAGUUUCAGUAUAAUUUCUGCCUGCAAGAUAUCGGUCUGACAGUCUCUCAAGUUGAAUACCAAGACUUGGUAUUCAAUCUGCUGUUCCAAGCCAACUGCACUGCUGCUUUCAUAAGAAAUAAAUACUUUGAUCGACCAGUAGAUAUAUUUAACAGUGACAGUAAUGCCCUGCUCUGUCUCUGUCUUGUAACAUGUGCAUGGAUGGUUCUGAUUGAGGAAGUUUGUAGAGUUAAAACAAGCAUACA